AUGCCUCUCUUCAAAUCCGAAUCCGAACCCGUACCACAAACUCCUGUGAUCAUCACUUGGCAAUGUUCAUGCGGAAGUUUUAAUAGAGCAUACGAAGGUACCGCUACUAGAAAGUGCAAGAAGAGAGAUUGCGGGAAGUACUGGGUAUACAACGAUGGAAAGUGGGAAGAUGAUUAUCAUGGAGGAAAGAGAUCUUAUUAUGAGCCAUGGCAAACAGACCCCAAUGUUGAUUGA